AUGUGGACAUUACCUAGGACUCGGUAUGCGCACUGCAACGGCUCGCAGAGCAGUGCAGAGAGCGAGAUAGCUGUUAACAUAGGCGGCGUAAGGUUGGUUUUGUGCGAGGAUGUCUUGAAUCGGUAUCCGGAAAGUAGGCUUGCGGAACUUGUAAACUGCCCCACACGGAGUUUUGAUGUGAUUUCGUCGCUCUGCGAUGAUUACGACCCUGGAAAAAGAGAAUUUUACUUUGACAGGGACCCUGACUCUUUCAAAUGCAUUGUGGAGGUGUACUACUUUGGCGAGAUUCACAUGAAAAGGGGCAUAUGUCCUAUUUGUUUCAUAAAGGAGAUGGAAUUUUGGAAAAUUGACUUGAGCUGCUUAGACGAGUGCUGUAAAAGCAACUUGAAUGAGAAGGAGGAAGAGCUGGCAGAAAUUGCCGAUAAAGUUAAGCUGAUCCUGGACGAUUUGGACGUCGAUACAGGGGUAAGUCGAUCCGAACGCUACCAGAAGUUUUUGUGGAAACUGCUGGAAAAGCCAGAGUCCUCCUUCCCAGCGCGCGUGAUCGCCAUCGUAUCCUUUCUCUUCAUCCUCGUGUCCUCGGUAGUAAUGUGUUUGGGGACCAUACCAGACCUGCAGGUAGAAGACGCCGAUGGCAACCUCGUGGAGCACCCGACUUUGGACGCUAUCGAGACCGCCUGCAUUGGAUGGUUCACGGUGGAGUACAUUUUGCGUCUCGUGUCCUCCCCUAACAAAAUUCGCUUUGCACUCUCCUUCAUGAACAUUAUAGACUUUCUUGCCAUUAUGCCAUUUUACGUUGUGCUCACUCUGACAUAUCUCGGAACGGUUAUUAUGGAGCUGGCCAACGUGCAGCAAGCGGUGCAAGCGCUGCGUAUCAUGCGCAUAGCGCGCAUCUUCAAGCUGGCGCGCCACUCAUCCGGACUGCAGACGCUCACCUAUGCGCUGAAGCGAAGCUUUAAGGAGUUAGGUCUGCUUCUCAUGUACAUGGGGGUGGGUAUAUUUGUUUUCUCUGCGCUGGGCUACACCAUGGAGCAAAGCCACCCGGAAACGCUCUUCAGGAGCAUUCCGCAGUCUUUCUGGUGGGCCAUCAUCACCAUGACUACGGUAGGGUACGGAGACAUCUAUCCCAAAACCACACUUGGUCGAUGUAAUGCCGCAAUCAGCUUUCUCUGUGGUGUUAUUGCCAUUGCAUUACCCAUUCACCCUAUUAUCAACAACUUUGUAAUUUACUACAAUAAGCAGAAAGUUCUGGAGACUGCGGCCAAACACGAACUCGAGCUCAUGGAGUUGCAGUCUCUGGAGCUUGCAAUGCGCAGCGCCUCACGGAGAUCAGACGCGCCAAGGGGCGCACUGGAAAGUGCUAAGCGUAUCUCUCGCAGUGACACUCACAUUCCACUCCUCGCGGGACCAAAUAGGACUCCAAAGCUGUCAGUGAAGAAGAAAAGUUUCUCGUAA